GAGGAAGGAGGUGCAGCAGACCGCCGGUGGGAGAGGUCAGCACCGUGUUCCCACCGGAGACAAUGCUGUUUCCCCCCGUGCCUGCAUAACGGGCUGUGUCUAUACUUUUUUAAACGGCAUGAAUAGGCCAUUCGUGCCUUUGACCUUCUGGUAACAUUACUGAAAAUGCUCCAUGCGUGUUGCUUAGUGCUAGAAGAUGGCGGAGUCAGAUGGCGGGGACUGUGCUUCGAAACACCCACAGAGCAGUAUGGCUAACAAGAAUAGCACCCUGCGCUGUACAUUCUCUACACCGAGCCACAGUGCCAGCCUCCUCCAGGGCUUGUCCGUCUUGCGCUCUCGGGGCCAACUACUUGACGUUGUGCUGGCCAUCAAUGAGGAGCGCUUCCAGGUCCACAAAGCUGUGCUGGCCUCCUGUAGUGAUUACUUCAGAGCAAUGUUUACUGGAGGCAUGAGGGAGGCAAAUCAAGAUACCAUUGAGCUGAAGGGCCUGUCCGCCCGCGGACUGAAACAUAUCAUUGACUUUGCCUACAGUUCAGAAGUCACUUUAGACCUGGACUGUAUUCAAGAUGUCCUCGGGGCAGCCGUUUUCCUUCAGAUGGUUCCAGUCGUGGAGCUCUGCGAAGAGUUCCUCAAAUCAGCGAUGAGCGUGGAGACCUGCCUUCACAUCGGCCAGAUGGCCACCACCUUCAGCCUGUCUUCCCUCAAAGAGUCGGUGGAUUCCUUCACCUUCCGCCACUUCCUUCAGAUUGCGGAGGAGGAUGACUUCCUGCACAUUCCCAUGGAGCGCCUAGUCUUCUUCCUGCAGAGCAACAAACUGAAGAACUGUAGCGAGAUCGACCUCUUCCAUGCCGCCAUCAGGUGGCUCCAGUAUGACGAGUCUCGCCGGGCUCAAGCCGGCAGCGUCCUCUGCCACGUGCGCUUUCCCCUCAUGCGCUCCUCUGAGCUGGUGGACAACGUUCAGACGGUGGACAUCAUGGUGGAGGACGUGCUCUGCCGCCAGUAUCUCCUCGAGGCCUUCAACUACCAGAUUCUUCCCUUCAGACAGCAUGAGAUGCAGUCUUCGCGGACACACAUACGUUCUGAAGUCUUGUCAGUCAUCACCUUUGGAGGGACGCCGUACACUGACAACGACCGCACGGUUUGCAACAAGGUGUACCAUCUCCCUGACAUGGCUUCUCGUCAAUUCAAAGAGCUGACAGAGAUGGACACAGGGUGCAGCCACGCCUGUGUUGCCGUACUUGAUAACUUUGUGUACGUCGUUGGUGGACAGCACUUACAGUACCGGAGCGGCGAGGGGGCGGUAGACAGCUGUUUCCGUUACGACCCGCACCUCAACCAGUGGCUGCGCAUCCAACCUUUGCAUGAGGCUCGUAUCCAGUUUCAGCUCAACGUGCUGCGUGGACAGCUGUAUGCCACCGGAGGGCGCAAUCGAUCUGGCAGUCUGUCAUCUGUAGAGUGUUACUGCCCAAAGAAGAACGAGUGGACUAAUGUGGAACCAUUGAGGCGCAGGAUUUGGGGUCAUGCAGGGACUCCCUGCGGGGAGAGGCUGUACAUCUCGGGGGGUUAUGGCGUGUCGUUGGAGGAUAAGAAAACUCUUCACUGCUACAACCCAGCCUCAGACCAGUGGGACUUCAGGGCCCCCAUGAUUGAACCCAGAGUGUUGCAUGCCAUGAUCAGCACCAGGGAUCGGGUUUAUGCUCUGGGCGGCCGCAUGGAUCACGUGGACCGUUGUUUUGACGUGCUUGCGGUGGAGUAUUACAUUCCAGAGAGCGACCAGUGGACCACCGUCAGCCCCAUGAGAGCAGGACAGUCCGAGGCCGGCUGCUGCUUACUGGACAGGAAGAUCUACAUCGUCGGGGGCUACAACUGGCACCUGAACAAUGUCACAAGCAUCGUGCAGGUGUACAACACAGAGACAGACGAGUGGGAGAGGGAUUUGCACUUCCCAGAAUCCUUUGCUGGCAUCGCUAGCACACCAAUUAUUAUUCCACAAAACACCACACAACGCUAACCAACCGACCUGUGACUAUGAAGACUUUACUAUAUGUGAUCUUUACUGCCGACCACUGACGCAAGGAGUGAACAUUAUGUUUGUGUGUUGUUCAGUCAUUUAAUGGAAUGGCCCGAAAAGCUACGAAGCAGCAUUACUCAUUUGGUAUAUUAUCAUGUGUCCUUGUUUUGGUCAAGAAAUGUUUAAUCAAUCAAACAAACCUUUUAGAGCACAAUUUGAUUUGAAAUUACUUUUAUGUAAAACACGUCAGGAUCUUAAUACACUUAUGAUUGUGACACAGGCUUUCAAAGGACCAUUUGAAGGAACAUUUGUAUGCGUUCCUGGGGAACAGCAUAUAAAAAGCUAAUGAGACGUUUCCUAUUUAUAUUUAAUUUCUUUGAAAUUAUUUCUCUUAUUAAUGGUAAAGAUAUCAUUUAUCUUCUGGAGUAGCAUCACCUAAAUAAAACAAAUUACUUUGUAAAAAUAUUAUAGUUUUACCAAUGAAGGGCUAAAGUUACAUACAGCACAAAUUGUCUAACAUUUUGAAUGGAAGUCUUGAGUUAGAUCGUGUGUUUACAAAGGUAUCAACAGACUGAACCUUAUAUUGUUAGACAUUUUGAUAGUAUAGUUUUGAAUGUUUUAUUAAGAUUAUCCUUUUUUGACCGAAUCGCAGUGUUGUUUGUCUCCUCAAAUGUACUUGUCAACAAACCACAACGGACAGUAAUGAUUGCACAAAUGAACACGGGUAGUGUUUGUGUUUUAUGUUGAUAUCUCAUAUUAAAUGCGGUGUUAAUGUUGUUUUUAUUUAGCUACCCUGAGUAUCCUGAGCUGAAACCUGACAGUAGUUGUUCUCUCAGUCACAUAAGAAGCCAGUUUGGACCUCUUAACGCAGCUACAUGAAUCAUUCAUGUGUUUUUAAUGUCAGUGUGUGCUGCUCUUUAUGUUAAACAAGUGUUGCAUAUUGGUUUUGUCCCUUGACUUACACAAUAUAGUGCCAUUUAUUUAUACAGAUUUAACAUCAAAACUACUCUGAAAAAUCAUUUAAACAAUCUUUUUGCUGUGUUUGAUACCGGCUUGGGUUUUUAUUUUUACUGCAUUGCUGCACUUUUCAGUAUUUGUCAGGCGUCUGAUUAUGCCGCUGAAUUUAUUAAUAUACGUUAUGUGUUUAAGGAAGACAUGUUCUUCUUUUUAAAUGUGAUCAUCUACACAAUGAUGUCCAUACAUGUUUCUCCUGUUGCCUUAGUGUAUUAGUCUUGUUUUAUGUGUACCAGUAAAAGCACAUGAUAUUAUUGAAGUGCAAUAUAAAGGAAGCCACUCUUGUCGAAGGGGAAUGUAGACAUGUGUGAGGUUUUAUGUGCAGCCUAUUAAAGUUGUAUCAU